GUCUCUGCCUCCCUAACCUGUUCUUCCUCUCAGCCAUCCCUUCCUCCCACCCCAAGCCGCACCCCCAGCUACCUACUAACCUCAUCCCACUUCCUUGACCUGUCCGUCUUCCCUGGACUGACCUAUACUCUCCUCUCCACCUUCGGUCCGCCUCCCCCUCUCUCCCUAUUUAUUCCAGUUCCCUCUCCCCGUCCCCCUCUCUGAUGAAGGGUCUAGGCCCGAAACGUCAGCUUUUGUGCUCCUGAGAUGCUGCUUGGCCUGCUGUGCUCAUCCAGCCUCACAUUUUAUUAUUUUAGGAGAGAGAGCUGUUUUGGUUUGUGAUACAAGAGACGAGGCUGUCUGUGCCUUUCACCCAUCGGCAGCUCUCCUCCUGUCCCUGCCUCUAUGCACACACUCUGCCAGGCAUAGUCUUCCUCCCUCUGUGUGUGUCUCUCUCUCGCUUCAGCUCCUAAAACCUAAGAUGCAUCGGAUAUAAAAACACGCACAUAAACACACACACACACACACAUCAACAAGCCAUGGAGAAAGAUCAGGAAUUACUGCAAGCUGUCAAAACCGAAGAUGUAGCUGCAAUGCAGAAGCUGUUGCAAAGGCCGAAACAAGGCAAAGCGAAGAUAGGAAGAACUGCAGAUGCUGGAGCCAGAGGUAACACAGCGUGGAGCUGGAGAGUGUCAGAGAGGGGAAGUGAAGAAGGAUGUUCCUAAUGACUGGAGAUUGCAGAACCAAAGGUCACAGACUAAGGAUACACAGUAGAACGAAGAUGAGGAGAACUGUCUUCGCUAAGAGAAUGAUAACUGGAGCAGAUUACAAGCAUCAGAAACAGACCCCAGAAAACACGUGGACAAUAAAAAGUGCAAAUGCUGGAAGUCCAAAUGAAGUGUUUUGGCCCAAAGCAUUGACUUUCAUGCUCCUCUGCUGUCUGACCCGCUGUGCUCUUUCAGCCUCACACCUGGAGACCCCAGAAAAAAUGGUUUUGGAGAUGAAUGUCAGUAGUAUCAAAUUCCAACCCGUACAGUUACUUGGAAACUUACUGAUGUUAAACCAGUCCUGAAGAACCAGAAAAUCCAGUUUCUCACACUAUGCAGGUGGACAGUUAGUACCCAGUGUGAAUGUAUUGAUGUACACCGUGUUGGGAUCAUUUCCAAAACCUAACCUAUAAACGCACAAUGGUGUCAGAUUUUCAACUGCUAAAUCAGCAUCUUCGAUCAAGCAGGGUUUAAUGAGAUCAGCACAAACUGCCCCAUAACCAUGGUUCAUCCCUUAAUUUGAGUAAAAGCAAAAUCAUUCAACUGCGGUUCUUUGUGAACUCGCUGGUGUACUAAAAGUUUGGAUGUCCGAGUGAAUCCCUUCCCACACAUGGAGCAAGUGAAUGGCUUCUCUCCAGUGUGAACUCGCUGGUGUAUCAGCAAAUGUGUUGACUGAGUGAAUCCCUUUCCACAAUCGGAGCAGGUGAAUGGUUUCUCCCCAGUGUGAAUUCGCUGAUGUUCCAGAAGUUUGGAUGAAUGAGUGAAUCCUUUUCCACACAUGGAGCAAACGAAUGGUCUCUCUCCGGUGUGAACUCGCUGGUGUAUCAGCAGAUGGGAUGACUGAGUGAAUGCCUUCCCACACUCAGUGCAGGUGAAUGGUCUCUCUCCAGUGUGAACUCGCUGGUGAAUCAGCAGAUGGGAUGACUGAGUGAAUCCCUUCCCACACUCAGUGCAGGUGAAUGGUUUCACUCCACUGUGGAUUCGCAGAUGCCUCAGCAGGCUGGAUGACCAAGUGAAUCCCUUUCCACACUGGGAGCAGUUGAAUGGUUUCUCCCCAGUGUGAACACGCUGAUGUGCUAACAGAAACAUUCUAGGAUUCGGGUCCAGAACAAUGGGAGGAAUCAGGGUGAUCCAGAAAUGGAAAAGCGGAUUUCACAGGCUAUUCGUUUGAAGAGGAGGAUUUGAAAUUGGAAAACUGAAGCCAUCCAUCAAAUCGGCAUCUGACUGCAUCACCCAAUUUGUUGUAACCUGAAUAUCAUUGGAUUUUGAAUAUGGAAGGAAGAAACAUUGUUCUCAAUGGAGAGAAACUAUGGAAGUGUGAGGACUGUGGAAUGAGAUUCAAUUACCCAUCUGUCCUGGAUAGGCACCAGCGUUGUCACACAGGGGAGAGGCCAUUCAGCUGCACCAUGUGUGGUAAGGGAUUUGCUCGGUCAUCCAACCUGUUGAGGCACCAGCGAGUUCACACUGGGGAGAGACCUUUUAAAUGUCAUGACUGCGGGAAGUCUUUCAAAAGUUCCAGGGAGCUGAUGCGUCAUCAAAAUGUUCACACUGAUGAGAGACCUUUUAAAUGUCAUGACUGUGGGAAGUGCUAUAAAAGUUCCAGGGACCUGAUGUCCCAUCAACGUGUUCACACAGACGAGAGACCAUUCAGGUGUUCUCACUGCGGGACUGGAUUCAGAACAUCAUCUCAACUCACUGUCCACCAGCGAGUUCACACUGGGGAGAAACCAUUUAACUGCUCCAUGUGUGGAAAGAGAUUCACUCAGUCAAUUACACUACUGAGACAUCAGCGAGUUCACACUGGAGAGAGACCAUUCAUCUGCUCCAGUUGUGGGAAGGGAUUUACUCAGCUAUCCCACCUGCUUCGACACCAGCAAGUUCACACAGGGGAGAGACUGUUCACCUGCUCCGAGUGUGGGAAGGGAUUCACUCAAUCAUCCAAUCUGUUGAGACACCAGCGCAUUCACACUGGAGAGAGACCAUUCAUCUGCUUGGAGUGUGGGAAGGGAUUCAUUCAGGCCUCUCACCUUCUAACACACAAGCGAGUCCAUAGUGGACAGAGACCAUUCACCUGCUCUGAGUGCGGUUUAGGAUUCACCGAGGCAUACAACCUGCUGAGACACCAGCGAGUCCACAGUAGGGAGAGGCCAUUUACCUGUUUGGAGUGUGGGAUAGGAUUCUCUGAGUCAUACAAUCUGCUGAGACACCAGCGAGUACAUAGUGGGGAAAAGCUGUUCACCUGCUCUGAGUAUGGGAAGGGAUUUACCCAGCUAUCAAGCUGCUAAAAUGCCAGCGAGUUUAUGAGGAACUACAGUGAUUAGAUUUCACUGUUGACCACGUUAAAUUUAAACUGGUUUGAUUCAGCACUUGGAUCAGUUCAGUAAUUGAUGUCUGCUGUUGAGUAUUAACUGAUGCAUACGUCUAUGUGAAUCUGUCUUUCUCGGAUCCUGAGAAACUUUUCACAAAUUAGAACAGUGGCAAUUUCAUGACGUUAGAAGCAGAAAGUUGAAGUUUUGCACACAGGUCAAACCCUGCUGCAUGUGUUUCUGAAGGCACAUGUAGAGUAAAAGAGCAGCAAAAUGAAUAAAGUUGCUUAGAAAGCAGACAGGGGCUUUUGUACGUUCAAGUUGUUGGCAUGGUGCUCUGUGGGAAGAGGGAGGAACAGUGUGUGUUUUGGUGGGAGGUGAGAGGAUGGUGUUGUAGCUAUGGCAGGGUCAUGAGGAGCAUCCCGUUGGUGA